AUGACACCAAUGCCCCUGCCAGAUGAACGUCCGCGCGCGAGCGUUGCCAAUCUAAUUGGACGAUUCGAGAACCAGACCAAGCGGGUCAGUUCUUCAGGGCCCCUCCCUGCACCUAGUGCCUCUCGUAGCUCGAGCGUAAUCUCACAAACCAACGGAGACUCGACGAAGGAGGUGAAAGAGAAACGCGAAUGGCCACCAAGGCCUUUCGCAACCACUGACAAGCCUCCUGUCGUUCUACCGUCUUACAUCCGUCCACCACCACCUACACAACCAACCACGACACCUUUGCUACCACCAGCUCCGAUCACCAUCCCCGAUACGCCUAUUGCCACAGCCGAAGUGCCUGUGGACAACGCUUUACCGGUCACAAUUGAAGUGGAGCCUGCCACACCCGGACCUUCACAAUCGCCGCGACAGGACAAUUUGGACGCGCCUUCCUUGACUAAAACGAAAUCCGCCACUUCAGCUCGGGCGUCAAUAGCAACGAAGUCGAGAGCUGCAGCAUCUAAUCCUCCCAAUCCUCGUCCAAAGACUCCUGUAAAAUCGCCAGGUCCAAAGCAAUCGUUGGCUUCCUCAACAAUCCAACCGCUUAAACCGCAACAUACUGGCCAAUCCGUCACAUCAACGACUUCCGCCCGGAGAGCGGCUACCAAGCCCCCCAUCCCGAGCACCCCAUUGCGGUCGAAAACCCCUUCUAAACCAGUUUCAAGCGUAGCCAAUUCCAAAUCACCUACAUCUCGGCCAAAGACCCCUUCGACUGGCUUGUUUGCACCUACAGCAGCAUCGCUUGCGCGAUCUCGAAAUGUCCAACCUCAGCUGCCAACCCCCACUAAGAAGCCUACGCUGAGCAGUAGCUCUGCUGACCGUUUGAGCAAACCUACUGCUGCUUCUUUGUCUAAGGCCAGAACGCCCCCAACUGCCUCGCCUGCCUCCGUUGCCCGUAGUCCUCCAUCAAAUCGAAAGGCUUCGAAACCAAAGGUUGUGGCAAGUGCCACAAAGGAAAUGCCGGCUUCCAACGCUGAGGUUGAUGACGCCAUCGUUGCCAUUGCAGGGUUAAGGGAGCCGGACAAUAAUGUGGAAGAGCACAACAAAGACGAGCAGACGCUUGAAGCAAUAGUAGAUGCGGUUAGCCAUGCGGAUGCGGUUGAGGACACAUCUGCUGUCUUCUCUGAUUCUGACGUUGACCUUUCGAUUCAAGUCGGUGAGCCACAUGAACCUGAGGGGGGAUUCUGCGAUGGGAAAGAAUCCAAGCAGAGCCCUGUGCUUUCCUCCCUGGAUACCAAUGAUACCCUCGUUGACACUGAAGUGGAUGAGAAGACGGAAGAGCUUAACUCAUUUAAGAGCACUGGCACUGACAUCGAAGACAUUGUCAACUUACUCGAGACAAAUGCUCUUUCAAAGUUGCAUUCGGAGACCGCAGCGAGCGUCCCCAAUAUCCCCGACGAGGUUCACGACAUUCCGGAUGAAGAAUUACGUCCUACUGCUCUCUCCUUCUCUCAAAUACCUUUCCACCUGAGCCAUACUUACCUCACUCAUUAUACAUUCAUCGUUUCUUCUUCGUCCACAUCUAAAUCCACAGAUACAUCACAGCCUGUCGAUACUUCGAAGGGAGAGAAUCCGGCUGCCGUAGGAGUCCUAGAAGAGGAUGAUGAGUUUGAAGAGUUUGCCGUAGCAGACUGGGACGAUUCUGAAACGGAUUUGGCGCAUCUGAGUGGUGUAGCACCGGGCGCUGCGAAGUCGGGAGGGGAUAAACUCUGGGAAGACAACUGGGAUGAUGACGACAUUGAGGAUGAGUUUAGUGUGCAACUAAGAAAUGAGCUUUCGAAGACCAAAGGUGCUGGAGACGGCAAUGCUAUGGAGCAAUGAACGCCACACUCCCUUUAAUCGAAGAUCUCGUCUGCAAAAAGGAUCAUAAUGAACAUUGCCUACACUGGAAUGAAAGUCUUUGAAAUGCUCAUAGAGUCGUAAGCCUCGUUGGUACGGCUUCGAUGAUGAGAGCGGUGUUUUAAGGGUAUCCAUUCAGCAAGAAGGCAAAUGACUGCCUUAGCAGCGAUAUAAUACUCGGAUGAAGUCACCGUAACACUCGACUUGUGGAUACCCAGCCCAGAAUUGACCCAUUACCAACGAG